CCCACCUCGUCCGUUUUCAUUGACUCCCAUGAAAAGCAAGGAUCCAGCCAUACUUCAAUGGACCCCCAGGGGAUCUUGAAGGCAUUUCCCAAACGAAAGAAAAUUCGUGCAGAUCCAUCAUCAAAAGCAUUGGCAAAGGUUCCCAGAAAGGAGGCAGGAGAUGCUGGAGAUUGGCUGAGCUCCCUGAGGGCUCACAUUAUGCCCACUGGCAUUGGACGAGCCCGGGCCGAGCUCUUUGAGAAGCAGAUUCUCCAUCACGGUGGCCAGAUAUGCUCUGCCCAGGCCCCAGGAGUUACUCACAUCGUGGUGGAUGAAAACAUGGACUGUGAGCGGGCUCUUCGGCUCCUCAGACUCCCCCAGCUACCCCCCAGUGCUCAGCUGGUGAAGUCAUCCUGGCUGAGCUUGUGCCUGCAGGAGAGAAGAGUGGUGGACACCGCUGGAUUCAGUCUCUCCAUCCCCGAGAGUUCCUCCAACCAACCACAGCCCAGCAAGACAGACCAAGGCUCUUCUGCUCCUGGUACCCAGGAGGCUGUAUCCAGGACAACCCUCUCCCCUCCCCCUCCUCACACCGGAGCUGCAUCUUCUCCCAAAAAGACAGAGAAGGCACCAAGAACCCCAGCCCAGCUCAGCUCAGAUGACGAAACCAGUGAUGAGGAAGGACCCCAGGUUAGCUCAGCAGAUCUGGAAGCCUUGAUCAGUGGGCACUACCCCACUCCCCCUGAAGAAGAUGGUGGGCCCGACCCAGCCCCAGCAGCCCUGGAGAAGUGGGUCUGUGCACAGCCCUCGAGCCAGAAGGCCACUAAUUACAACCUGCACAUCACAGAGAAGCUAGAAGUACUGGCUAAAGCCUACAGUGUUCAGGGAGACAAGUGGAGGGCCCUGGGCUAUGCCAAGGCCAUCAAUGCCCUCAAAAGCUUCCACAAGCCUGUCAGCUCCUACCAGGAGGCCUGCAGCAUCCCUGGAAUUGGGAAGCGGAUGGCUGAGAAGAUCAAGGAGAUCCUGGAGAGCGGGCAUCUGCGGAAGCUGGACCACAUCAGUGACAGUGUGCCUGUCUUGGAGCUCUUCUCCAACAUCUGGGGAGCUGGGACUAAGACUGCCCAGAUGUGGUACCAUCAGGGUUUCCGGAAUCUAGAAGACAUCCGAAGGCUGGACUCACUGACUGCUCAGCAGGUUGUUGGCUUGAAGCACUACGAUGACUUCCUGGAGCGCAUGCCCAGGGAGGAGGCUGCAGAAAUUGAGCAGACAGUCCGGACAUCAGCCCAGGCCUUUAAUCCUGGGCUGCUGUGUGUGGCCUGUGGCUCCUACCGAAGGGGGAAGGAGACCUGCGGGGAUGUGGAUGUGCUCAUCACUCAUCCAGAUGGCCGGUCCCACCAGGGCAUCUUCAGCCGCCUCCUUGACAGCCUUCGGCAGCAAGGGUUCCUCACAGAUGACCUGGUGAGCCAGGAGGAGAAUGGCCAGCAGCAGAAGUACUUGGGUGUGUGCCGGCUUCCAGGGCCCGGGCAGCGGCACCGGCGACUGGACAUUAUUAUCGUGCCCUACAGUGAGUUUGCCUGUGCCCUGCUCUACUUCACUGGCUCUGCCCACUUCAACCGGUCCAUGCGAGCUCUGGCCAAGACCAAGGGCAUGAGCUUGUCGGAGCAUGCCCUCAGUGCAGCUGUGGUCCGGAACAGCCAAGGUGUCAAGGUGGGGCCUGGGCGCGUGCUGCCCACCCCCACAGAGAGGGACGUCUUCAAGCUCUUAGGCCUGCCCUACCGAGAGCCAGCUGAGCGGGACUGGUGACCAUGCUGUGUGAGCUGCCACCACCACUAUAGCUUUGCCCAGCUCAGCCAGACGACUUCAGUCACCUGCUGUUCUUAGUGAGCCAAGCUGGGAGCUCUGGGCCUGAGGGAAAGAGCCCGCCUGACAGUGAGAGCCUGCAAGCCCUCUCCCGGUUGGACAGGAUGACGUAUGCUGCUGUCCCCUCCACCUCACCAUGGCUCCUAGUGACAUUUGAGCAGAACAGGUGGCUGGUUUCAAGCCUGUCUCCUGUGCCUAGGCUUUCCUUUCCACCCCAGACAGAUCUAGAUGCUGGGACUUGGGGUGAGGCUGGGGCUGGGGGGAAGCAGCUGUGGGUUCAGCAUCUUCCUGAACCCUUACAGUAGGAGACGCCAUGCGGACUCCCUCCCCCACUCACUUCCUGUGCAGCUGGAGCUGCUGGGGGCGGCCUGCCCAGACUCUGUGAGGACUGCUUCAGAAGGCCCUGGGGCCUAGUAAAGUGCUUUUGACUUU